AUGCAGCAAGAGCCGCACAAGCAGCAGCAGCAUCAGAAGCUGCAGCAACAGCGGCAAGCAGCAGCAGCAGCACAAGCACGUGCAGCGCGAGCCGCAGAAACUGCAGCAACAGAAACAGAAGCAGUAGCAGCAGCAGCAGCAGCAGCACCAGUAGCAGCAGAAGCACGAGGAGAAGGAGCAGGAGCAGGACCAGCAGCAGCAGCAGCAGCAGCAGCAGCAGCACCAGCAGCAGCAGUAACCUGCAAGGUCUCCGAAAAGGACAACAGCAGGAAGGUUGCGAGAGAAGCCAGCGCGAGAUGCCCAGACACCCGAACAUUGCAGCCUAGCAAUAGCAGCAGCAACAGCAUCGCCGCCGCCAUUGGCAGCAGCUGCAGCAGCAUCGGUUGCAGCAGCAUCACCAGUAUCAGCAGCAGAAGCAGCAGCAGAAGCAGCAGCAGCAGCAGCAGCAGCGUUGCCACCAUUAGCAGCAGCAGCAGCGCCGCCGCCAUGUGCAGCAGCAGCUUAGCAGCAGCAGCAGCAGCAGCAGCAGCAGCAGCAGCAGCAGCAGCAGCAGCAGCAAACCUGAUUUCCUGA